GCCCGUCAACAGACGGUGUCGCACCGUCAGUUUCUUCCGCCGCGCCUGCAAGGCGUUCAGUGUUGCACCGAGGAAACGUGCGUUUCUCUUUAACGUUUUCUUUUUUUCCCCGUUUUCGUUCCACUGUUUCUCGGUCGCGUGUGCGCUCCACAGUGCAGGCCGACGAACCGUAAAAGAAUGUAACCGAAGGAAGACACGAUCGCCAGCGUCGUUCAGCCGGUAAUUUCAUACACGGUGCAGCGAGGAACUAAGAUGUGCAAGCCAGCCAGGAAGAAACGCUCUUAACGUCGAACCCGACGACGUACGACGCUGCUCGACACGGACAAAUAGGAGUAAAAAAUCGAGAAGAUGACGAAGAGGUUCGAGUUCAAUUGGCAGAUCGAGGUACCGUUAGCGCUACGUCAAGGAUGCAUGUUCGAUCGUUGGUCAGAGGAGAAGGAUAAUACGGAGCUCGAACUGAAUUGCAUGUUCAAGGUCGAUGAGUAUGGUUUCUUCAUCUACUGGCAAAGCGAAGGAAAAGACGGGGACGUGAUUGAACUGUGUCAAGUGAGCGACAUACGCGCCGGUGGGCUACCAAAGGACCCGAAGCUGUACGACAAGCUGCUGACGAAGCACGGCGAGCAAUUAGACGAGAAAAGUUUAACCAUCUGUUCGGGCGUAGAUUACACCAAUAUUAAUUACCAGCACGUCGUUUGUCCGGAUCCAACAACGGCCAAGGUAUGGCUGGAUGGCGUACGGUCGAUUACGCACAACGUGAAAGCCAACAACGUUUGCCCUCUUACGUGCUUGAAGAAACAUUGGAUGCGGCUGAGAAUGCUGGUCGAUCCGAAUGGAAAAGUUCCGGUGAAAGUGGUCGCGAGGACUUUCGCGUCCGGGAAAACGGAGAAGCUCGUCUAUCAGUGCCUCGCCGAUUUGGGCCUACCUAGCGGAAAGAACGACGUCAUCGAGCCAGACGACUUCACGUUCGACGCGUUCUACGCGCUCUAUCACAAAAUCUGUCCCAGAAACGACAUAGAGGAACUGUUUCAAUCCAUCACCCAGGGGAAGGCGAACACCAUCAAUCUAGAACAACUGGUCAUGUUCUUGAAUGAGAAACAACGCGAUCCGACGCUCAACGAGAUUCUGUAUCCGCUGUACGAUGAGAAGAGGGCGUUGGAAAUUAUCAAAGACUAUGAGCAGAAUGAAACCGCACGAAAUCAAAAAACGAUGACAAAGGAUGGCUUCAUAAGGUACCUGAUGUCCGACGAAAACGCGCCUGUUUUCUUGGACAGACUAGACGUCUACAUGGACAUGGACCAACCGUUAGCUCAUUACUACAUAAAUUCGAGCCAUAACACGUAUCUGAGCGGUCGGCAAUUCGGUGGUAAAAGCAGCGUCGAGAUGUACAGACAAGUCUUGCUGGCGGGUUGCAGGUGCGUCGAGUUGGACUGCUGGGAUGGUAAGGGAGAGGACGAGGAGCCGAUAAUCACGCAUGGGAAAGCUAUGUGCACGGACAUACUGUUCAAAGAUGUGAUAUAUGCAGUGAGAGACACUGCAUUCGUGACGUCGGAAUAUCCGGUGAUCCUCAGCUUCGAGAACCACUGCAGCAAGAAACAGCAGUACAAGUUGGCGAAGUAUUGCGACGAAAUUCUGGGGGAUCUUUUACUGAAAGAGCCUUUGAAAGAGUACCCUCUGGAACCAGGGGUGCCACUACCGCCACCCAGCAUGCUGAAGCGUAAGAUCCUAAUAAAAAACAAACGACUGAAGCCGGAAGUGGAGAAGCACGAACUGGAGCUGUUUAGGCAAGGUCAGUUCGUGAUCGAGGACGAAGUGAAGGAGGAUGCCAGCGCGCCACCGGUCGUGGCGGCGGUCGUUGAGCAACAGACGGUGAAGGUACCCCUCGUUGAAGAGGUUUCGGUGACCGAGUCGGUCGCUUCGACCACGGUUACGCAACAGCAGUCUGGCUCUAGCGCCGGUUUGGGCGACACUUUGGAGUUGGCAGUGGUUCAACCCUACACCGGAAGCACGACCAACGUGCACCCAUGGCUGUCUUCUAUGGUCAACUACGCUCAGCCAAUCAAGUUUCCCGGCUUCGAUGUUGCGGAACAGAAAAAUAUUCAUCACAAUAUGUCUUCCUUCGCGGAAACCGCUGGCCUGAAUUAUCUGAAGACGCAAGCCAUCGAGUUCGUGAAUUAUAACAAGCGGCAAAUGAGCAGGAUUUACCCGAAGGGUACUCGAGCGGACUCAUCGAAUUACAUGCCACAGGUCUUCUGGAACGCCGGCUGUCAAAUGGUGUCGUUAAAUUUCCAAACGGCGGACCUGCCGAUGCAACUCAACCAGGGAAAAUUCGAGUACAACGGCUCGUCUGGGUACUUGCUGAAGCCUGAUUUCAUGCGGAGGGCCGACAGGAGUUUCGAUCCCUUCGCGGAGAGUCCCGUGGACGGCGUGAUCGCCACUCAGUGCAGCGUUCAGGUGAUCGCAGGUCAGUUUCUGUCGGACAAGAAAGUGGGAACCUACGUGGAGGUGGAAAUGUACGGUCUGCCCACGGACACGAUCCGCAAAGAAUUUCGGACGAGGGUGGUCCCAGCGAACGGCCUGAACCCCGUGUACAAUGAAGAACCCUUCCUCUUUCGAAAAGUCGUCUUGCCAGAUCUGGCAGCGCUGAGAUUCGCGGUGUACGACGAGUCGAAUGGGAAACUGCUGGGUCAGAGGAUUGUUCCUCUGGAUGGUCUGCAGUCGGGAUACAGGCACAUAUCUUUGCGAACCGAGGCAAACUUUCCCAUGUCUCUACCUAUGCUGUUCUGCAACAUCGAGAUCAAGAUUUAUGUGCCAGACGGAUACGAAGGACUUAUGGACGCGCUGACAGCGCCACGGGCCUACAAGAAACCGGAGAACAUGUCACAGAACAAAAUGCGCGGCCUUGGAAUUGAGGAGAGCGACAGCAAAGGGAACCCUGAUUCCAUGAGUGCUCAUCGCGAGGUGGCCAAACCGAGAGAGGAAAUGAAAUUCGAUCCCAUAACGGUGGAGUCGCUGCGUCAGGAGAAGGGUUAUCAAAAGGUGCUAAAGAAACAGCAGAAGGAGCUGGAGUCCCUGAACAAGAGGCACCAGAAAGAGAAACUUACCGUCCAGAAACAACACUGCGUUGCCAUCGAAAAGAUUAUCAAGGGGAAAAACAAAGCGGAACUUUCGAGAGACCCAACCGUUCGUCGCGCAGUUUCCGAACAAACGGUUCAAUGGUCGCGCCUGGCGGACCGACAGCGACGAGAAGAGCGGGAAUUAGUUCGUUCUCACCUGGAAGAGCGAAGAAACACCUUGAGAAAAUUGUGCGUGGCUACUCAGCUGUCUCAGCAAAAACAGCUGACGGCGAGACACGAGCGCGAGAUCAAGGAGAUGAACGCCAGGCAAGCGAGGCUGUCCGUGGAGAGCAUGAGGGAGGUGAUGAACGACAAGACCCUGAAGACUCGGGGGAUCAAGGAGGGCAGGUUGAGGGAGAAGCAGCAGAACAACACGAAGAAGUUCAUGGAGGAGAGGAGGAUCGCGCAGUUGAUUCAGAACAGGGAGAAGGAGAAGCUGAAGGUGAUCCACGAGAAGCAACUGGAGGAAUUGCAAAAAGACAUGAACGCGAUAAUGGACAUGUACAAAAACGAGGAGAUGGAGUACGAAUUGGGCCCUAAAACCGAAUUCUACGUGUGAUGGUCGACGAAAAGUAGGCCCUUUCCGUGACCUUGAAGUUUUCCCGGAAGAACUGAGGUGCUGCAUUCACAGAGCCCACUACUAUCGUUAAUUACAACUGGAAUUGGGAUCAAGCCGUUAGCUAUCGUUCUCGAAUCCGCCGACUCGUUCGGAUAAAACGCGUCGGCGAGCCGAGAACAAGCAACAGACAAAACCGCGUUUACUCGUGUAUUCUAGUUCAUUCUCCUGGAUAUUUUUUUAUAAAAGCGUCUUGUAACUCCAUACUGUCCGUCGUCGCACGAGCAAGUACCUAGACUAAAUAUAAGGGAGUCAAUAAAAAAACUGAAGUGAUCUAGUCAAACUCUUACAUUGAUAAGCAUAUAUAUGCAUAUAUAUUUAUUAUACGUAUAUAUGUGUAUAUAUACACACGGUUCCCCAGGAUUAUCCGGUCAAACUUCGUCAUCGAAUAUAGAAGCAGUUACGACAAAAAGGUGAAACUUUGCCGACUCAAUUUGGGAAAUGUAUUCCUAACGCGAUGGAUUUUCGGACAAACGCAAUGAUUUCGCCAAAUUUUACUACACAGCCUAUUGUUUUCUACGUUUUCGUUUGCCUAAAAUAUUAUCGCGGUAUGGAAGGUAUUUUCGAGCGGUUGCAAGUCUGCGAAGCUUCACGCGACGUUUGUUUUCUUAUUUCCACCGACGAAGUUUGCUCGGAAACAUCUUAGGAUAGCGUGUAUAGGUAAAUGAGAAGCGUGGAUUCCGCGGAACAGCGUACCGCGUGAUUCAUCGAUUUCAAUAUUUUUCGAUCGUUAACGCUAUUACCGAAUUCUAUCGUUCUGCGUGCGUGAGCGAGAUUGCGAGCGUGUAUUCGUGUGUUUCAUGCCUAACGCCAAAUGGAAUUUACCGUCGCCGAUUCCUUCGCUGCGAAAAAAAAAACGAUGCUUCUAUGGUCGGAAACAGUCAAUAGUUGCGUGUCGAUUAGAUUGUCACGGGCUGAGUCGCGUGUUCGAGCGAGUACUCGUUUCUUCCUUCUUCGAGUACUCUCGAGAAUGGUCCAAAAGUAGCGUCGAGAGCCAAAGAUACCGUUGUACAUAAGAACCGAGCAAAAUGGAGAGCCUAGCAUUAAUGAUCACCACGUCGUUGUUUUCAUUCUAACAAUGUUAUUUACACAAAUUAUUAUAUUAAUCUAUAUUACAUAUUAUCUAUAUUGAAUAUAAAGGAGUAAGGAGAAAUAAAGGAAUUGCUAGCUCGA